AAUUGCUUGAAACUCUUGAAAUCUGUCUUGAAUCUUUCUUGAGAUUGCUUUAUACUUGUUCUUGAAAUUGAAAUCCAAAGGAAAUGGAUAAUGAUUAUUGAAAUCCUCAUUAUCUACAUACUUGUCUGAAAUUAAUUCUUGCACUGUUCUUGGAAUCUAUUUUUAAUUGACCUUGAAAACCAUUCUUGUUCUGACACUGGUUCUUGUUCAAAUUCUGUAAAUUGCUCUUGCUCAAAUCCUGCAUAUUUUGCUAGUUCUUGUUUUAGUGUACCUGUUAAUCUUCUUGAUUUUGAUUUUGUUCAUAUGGACACCUUUUUAGGAGGGGUGAUGAUUAUUAGAAGAUACCUAUAUGAGGCAUCCUCAUUCUUGUCUCUUGCAAGUGUUAAUCUCUGUGUUCUGGAUGUCUUAGCUUUGACUUGACCCUAGGAUGUCUAGGACAACUUGAUUGUAAAUCUACUUAGCUUCCAUGGGCUACGAGGUAAAGGGGUAGUCUUUGAAAUAUCCUGAUCCCCACUAUUGAUUAUUUUGUUAAUUAAUUCGUGUUACUUGGGGUGUUAGAUCUUGAUAUCUUGGUUAUAUCUGCUCUUGAAUUCGUGUUCUGGUUGUCAUUAUUGAAAUCUCUUUUGUAGGCCUAAUUUUUGGAAUUCUAUUGCUUGUUUCAUGGUUAACUCUUGUCUCUCAAUUUGGACUGCUUGGUUAAAUUUGAUCUUGAUUCUUAGUGAAUUCCAUUUUGUUGCUGAAUAUUUUAGGCAUUCUACCUUGCACUUUUUAUGUUCCAGUAUUCUUCCAAGCAUUCAUAUUUUCCACUGAUUUUAUUCUAGUGCAAUUCUUGAGAUUCUUAUAUGUCUUUUGAUGGGUCUAGCUUUUAACUCUUGUUAAUUGUUAAAAUUUGUUUCUUGAUUCCAGUUGCUUUGUUAAACAUGACUUUGCUUAUUGGUUAACUUUGUUGUGGCAGAAUUUAUAAGGCAUCCAUGCGCUUGUUCAUUCAUUCAUGAUCCAUAUAUCCAUUGGAUGCUUAUACGUCUUUGAUAGAGUUCAAAGUUUUAUUGUACUCAUCUUUAAAUCCAUGCCAUUCUUUGCUAACUCGUCUUGUGAUGGGUUCGUAGCGUAACCCCACAAUUGUUCUUUUGUGGCUUUGGCAGGAUUUAUUUUUAUUCCUUGUGUUUCCCAUAUCACCCCAGCCUCCAGUAGCUUGUUUCAUGUUAAAUCCUGUUACGUAGUUAAUGUUCUGUUUUUAUGAUUAGUUGUGGUUUGAUAUCAGAGUGGCGCAAUGGAAGCGUAAUAGGCUAUGUUCGAUUCAUAAAGAGUUGGUUAGACA